GAAUGGCCUGGUGAUUCGCCUCUAACUUGCUGAUCAUUGAUUAUACCUGUGCCGUUAGACUGAGAUCGGCUGAGACACUCGCGGACUUUCCCAGCCAACGCUGUCAGGGGCUCCGACGAUCGAGGGAUAACAGACAGAUAGCGCGAGCAAGACCAGUACCAGCCGCGUCUGCUGGUACAUCGUAGCUGGCGCGGUUCCUCCCUACAAAUACCCCCUAAUCCUGUCUCUGGCUGGAGGGCGAAGUCUGUUCUGCAGAUUCGGCAAUCUAGUCACUCUUUCGCAGCAGUCGUUCUUUUUCAACCACCACUCCAAUCGUUCGCCCUAGUAUCGUACUGCCGCUUUUCCGCCAAACCACACACACUCGAUAACCUGCCAAAAUGCAGCAGCGCGCUCUCAUCGCCCUCAUCGCCUUCCUCGCCGCCACGUCCACCGGCGCGCCCCUCAGCCCGACGCCUGGCGUCGGCGCGGUCGCCGGCCCUGUGGGCAAGGAGGUUGCAAAGGCUGGCAGUGGCGUGCCAAAGACAGUGAGCAAGGUGGUGAGCGGCGCCGUGGCGGGGCGGUCCGCGCAGGCGCCGGCCGCCCCGGGCGGGGGAGGCUUCGCGGCCGGCCAGGGCGCGCAGGGAGGCGGCGGCGGGGGCCAGGUGUCGGGCGGGCACGAGGGCGGCGCGCACUGGGACUGGGUGGCGGGGGCGGAGGAAGGGCACCACGGCCACCGCGAGGGCGCGCAGGCGGCGGAGGAGGGCCACCACGCGACCGAGACCGGCUUCCGCGGCCACCACGACGGCACCUUCGGCGCCGACAAGAGCGCCUCCAAGAACGGCGUCGCCCACAACUCGUCCGCCGGCACCAAGAGCGGCGACGCCGCCGGCCACACCCUCAGCGACAGCGCCCGCGCCAAGGCCGCCGCCGCCAUGGAAGCUGACGCCGCCGGCCUCCACCGGGGCGCCGCCGCUCAGGACGCCGGCAGUGACUUCCGCGCCCACGGCCAGGGCUCUGGCGGUGGCCGCCAGGGCUCCCAGGCUCAGUCCCUCGGCGGCUUCCACCAGAACGCCCCUCCGGCGCAGCCCCAGGCACCGCCUCAGGCCCAGGCCCAGCCUAACGCUCACAGGGACCCUCUCUCCGCCCUCCUUGGUGGCGUCCGCGCUUGAAAUACGAACCGUCCGCCUUCUGAUCUGACCCCCUUCACGCCGCUCCCUGCACACGAACCUUGAGUUCUAGCGCCAAACCCGUCGUCCAUAGCUUUUAGGCUUCCUAUACCGCUCGAGGUAAUUCGAAGUUUGGCAGUAUCGGUCACUGGGUUUCGUGGUGGGAAUUCCUCGGUUACUCUAUCUUUAAUUAGUCAACCUCAUCGCUGUCUC